UUUUGCCUAUAGUUUUUAAGGACUAGAUUCACCUCUUGAAACCUAUUGAACGGACCCAAUCUGCCGUUAAAAGGAGAAGAAGAUGACGCGGGAAAAAGCAGAAGCUUCAGCUAAGCCAGCGGUAGCUUCCAAGAGCUCCGCACCCACUGGCCACGAAUAUGCAAUGGAGAUUUCAACACCGUCAGCCAAAAGAAAAACUCCACCUACGCCCACCAAAGCACCCACAACCCCUAGCCAGGGUACUGUGUCCCAAAGUGUGGAAACCAACAACUCCAUAAUAGAAGCCAUUAACAAGCUAACAAACAAGAUCGAUGACUUCGGCGUGCAGCUAAGUAACAACAUGAUAAUGGUGGCUAACAUUGCCAAGCUGGCUGAAAUGAACGCAGCCGAUAUAAAAGACUGUAAGGCUAAACUGUCUGGUUUGGAAAAAGACAUUCUUGCUCUAAACAAAGAAAACGCUGAGCUGAAAGAGAGAAUGUUAGAACUAGAACGAUACAUGCGUCGCUGGAACUUGAAAAUCCAGGGCUGGAAAGAAAAAAAUAAGUUAUUGACAUCUUGGCUAAGAUCGCACCACAUUGGGCUUCUUCACUGGGCAACGCUGUGGACACCGUCCAUCGUCUAG